AUGUACCCGCCACGCAUGAGCAGCGAACGGGUCAUCUACGUGAAUGGGUUCUACUUCUGCGGCCAUGGACUCGAAGUCUGCAACCUUUGCCGGGUCGAAGCUCGCGUCGCCAACGACGAGUCUUUAAGGACCGACACCCCGAUUGGAAACUCCGCGCGGAAGACGAUAGAGGAGAUGAUGGAUGUCCUGGACGGCAUCACUCAGGGCAUGGCCCGUAUCGAGAAGACGCCAAGGCAGUCGCUUUCCGUCAUGGCAAGUGCUCUCGAUACAAGACGUCUGGCAUUCGAAGAUGAUGGAGGUACAAAUUAUACCAUCUGGGCGUGCAAGCUGCACAAGGACGACAACUGUCGAGAUUGCUUCGACUGGCGAGCCCUCAUCAAGACGGAAAGAAAGAACGCAGAGAACCAGAAACAGGAGCGUCGUACUGGAGUACUGGCUCUGCUCGGUGUGCUAGGCGUGCACCUGUCCGAGUCUGCGAGCGCGGAACUGUCUUCGGAUGUACUCGAGAAGAAGCUAUGCUCUGCGUUAAGCCUGUGCCAGAGUCUCUCCGAGUCGGCACUUGGUUGGCUGAACAUGGAGCUGCUGCGUGCAUGGAAUGUCAAAGCGUCGCUCGCGGACGCAUUCCAGCCGAGGACCGCCACGACAAGGGAAAGCGCGAGUCGCCGUCCACGUAGCAAGGUAUCAAGGGCGACUGCAUCGCUGCCAGUGGAGAAUACGUCCAAUACGCUGAACGAGAUCGUCAUGCGCAUAGCGCGAGUCUACGACAAUGGUCAUCGACUCUGCGUCAUACAAGAUGUCAAGCGGGAGACGGAUAUACGUAUACGUAUAUUGAGCGCUCAUAAGUACAAGGAAGUCCCUAUCAUCUUCCUCAGCUUUUCGAUCAAAGACGGCCAAUCAUCGUUCGCCGCUGAACGCGACAUCGGUAUGGGCGAUCUCAUGGGCGUCGAGAUGACGAUCGAGGAGCAGACAUUACUCCUUCGCCUGCUCCAGCUCAACUCUGAAAGGCUCACCGGAGAUCUCAGGUCGAAAAUGAACGUCCGCGAACACGGUUAUAGCGCAAGCUUUUUGGUGCCUAUUACCUCAUUGAGCCUGGACCAGGUCGUCGAGCUGGCUGGUAUACCUGGUUGUGGGAUGUGUGGAAGACUAUGUGCACUCUGCCAGAGCGCGUCGUAUUGCGGUCAAGAGGCGCAACGGUCAAAUUGGGAAGAACACUUGCUCUCAUGCAAGGGCGUACUGGAAGGCACUUGGACGGACGUAACCUUCAUCCACAAGCCAAUCGUCCAUGGCCAACUCGGGUACGCCAGUAUCUUCAACCUCUCCAGUGGCAAACUUGCAACUGUCGACGGAUCUUGUGCUUCGCCGAGCCAUGUUCACGGGGAUAAGACGUUCCUCGCCAAGAUACAGCGGCCGGCUUGGAUAACGGGUCCAGUUGACACCCUCAACAUGCUGGUUUAUGACCGCAGCCGCACGCUACAUGGCUUGAUCUCUGCCAGGGGGAACCCGGAGUUUUGGACUGCGAUCUUGUGCCAGAUGCCAUUUGCGUCGGCCGAGUCGAAAGUGUAUCGCUACGUCAAGCGGACGGGAGAUAGAACCUUGAGCGUCUGUAUGGAUCGCCAGCCCAGCCCAGAUAUUACUCAGUGGUAG